CGAAAGUUGGGUUAUAUGGGAAAUGUCCCUUUUCAUUAUCAAUUCCUCGCUACUUCUGCUCACUAAAAAACCACAGUACUACCUUCACGCCGUUGCAAUUCUCUUGGUCGAAGUAGACGCAACUCUUGUUAUUACUGGGUACCGACUUCUGGUAUUAUCCCAAGGCCGGAUUAAUAAUGUCAGCCUUGUGACAGCUCCAGAAGGGGAAUAUCUCCGGAGAAAUGGAAGUGAAAAUGGUGAAUAGUAUGCACGCAAGAAGUAAGUCAUAUCGCGACAAAAUCUAGCAUCAUCAGAAGCAAAUUUAUUCCGAGUGACUCUGCAGCAGGCCUGGGCGAAAAUUAUGGUCAUUGGACAAUGGCUAUG